GGUGAACAUAAUACUUAUUAAACGAAGUAUAUUAUGACCACAGCAGCUGAGUGUUACACUAACCUAGCCAGCUGUAGUUUUUGGUUACAUGAGGAAAGUUGGCCGAUUGACGUUAGCACGGCGCGCUAGCUGCUAAAUGCUAAAGUUGAGCUAGCGGUUAGCCGAAGAGCCCACUUGUUGCAGCACGACUAUUUAACUAAGUUUGACAUGCGAAACAGCAACUGAUUUGUUUCUUCAAACGUGUUAAUAUUUCACCAGGAAAGUCUGGAGCAGAAUAACAACAUGCCAACUGCAUUUCUUCACACAGUCUCGACCGUUUUGUGAUACCAGCUGUCACAUUUUUGAUAUCUGUAACACCGAAAUCUGUGACCCGUCAUUAGCUGUGACUCAGUCUCAAGCCUUGUGCUGGCAAUGGGGGACAUGAAGACCCCAGACUUUGAUGAUUUGCUGGCAGCGUUUGACAUUCCUGAUAUCGAUGCCAAAGAGGCCAUUCAGUCAAGUCCAGAGGAGGAACAGGAUGAGGCAGGGUCUAAUGCAGAUGAGAGAGAGAGUGGGUCUCCUUCACACUAUCCUGGCCCUCCUGCCUUGCAAAAUGACCCUCCUGUGGUCAGUGUUAUAGUAAAGAACACCGUUCGGUCUGACUCUUCUGAAGAGGAGGACAAGUUGGUCAGGGAUAAAACAGACAAUCCCUUAAACAGUGGCAUAAACUCUCUGGGUCAGGUCAAAGUGGGAGUCCACACCUCACAGUUUGGUCCCAAAAUGUCUGCUGGUGCACCUGUGGAGCCCCAGAUCGCCAAUGGAUUUGAGGGAUCCGUCCCCAGAGAUGAAGGACAGUCCAACACAGAGUCGUGGCCCCCUCAUUCACCAUUGAGGUCCACACUGAGCACCGAUGAGGGUGAAAGCGAUAAAGGAGCUGAGGCAGGAUCUGUCCAGCACACGACUGAUGUCAUGAACAGUUUGAAGCCCCUCCUCUACCUCCAGUCUUCAACUAGUGCUGAUCCCAACUCCUCAUCUCCUCCCUCCUUGCACUCUGCCAGCCCUCACCUUUUUCCUCACUCCCCUCAGAAGGAGGAAACUUGCCUCAGUAAUCCGUCAUCCACACCACAAAAUGGGAGUAUUAAGGUUGGAAUUAAACGUGUUAUGCACUCAGAUGAAGAUGACUCAGAGCCAGACCUAGGAAGUCCCCUGGUGAUCCAGGAGAGCCCAGAGUCUGAAAUGUCCGCCCCUCCCAAAUUUAAACACAAAGCAAAACUACGGCCUAAACUGCUCAGGUCUCCUGAAACCACAUCUUGUCUUGACCCUCAUCCUCCUCGUAUGCCUUCUCUUUCACCUGCAAAACCUGAACCCAACCUUGAGCAAGAGAGGCGACCUACCACCCCCUGUUCUCCCUCCACAGCUCGUCAACCACAGAGCCCCCAGGACUGCCUUCCCACUCUCAGCAAGGGCUCUGCAUCAGUGCCAGAGGAAAAAUACCCAGAGCAUGUGAUUGAUGAGAGGGACUCGCCUGAAAGCCCACCGCCCAGUGAGACAGGUCUUGUGGCCCCUAAGAGAAGCAGCAGCCCUGAUUCGGCCCGAACAGCAGAGAACCACAAGGAGGAGCUCAUGGAAAUUGAAUCCAAAGAAGAGAACAAGCCAGGUGACACUGAGAAGCUAAAUGAAAAGGUGGCUGCAGAUGGAGACAGUGUAGACGAUGAAAGCUGUGAUGGUGGCUCUGAGGAUCCUGUGCCUGCUAGUGCUGCAGAAACGGUUUCAUCUCCACUGCGUCCACUCAAAGUUAAAAUCAAAAUGCCUACAGGCAGCAUCACGAGGACUGUGUCUGGUGUUGCACCUAAAAAAGGUGGUAGAGCCACUACCAAGGGAGCAAACAGUUCACCAGAACGACCUAACACGAGAUCCAAGAGGGAGUUCUCCCAGCAGUCUCAGUCACCUGCAGUGGUGACACUCCAGGAUGUGUGUGCUGUAACGCUGGAACGUGCCAGCGCAGUCAAAGACAAAACCACAGUGAACACAAAGCCUAAAGUUUCCCCGACAGCUGUUAGCAUCACCAAAACUGCAGCCCUGCCCUCCAUCUCUGUCUCCACUGCCAGAGUCAGCUCUGGUGGGGCCAACCCUCGCGGCCUGGGUCAGAAAACUGUGAGCAGCGGGGUGACACUUUCUGCACCUUCACCUCUGCUAACGUCUCAAGGCAGCAGCAGACCAGCCUCAAUUGUGAACAGCACUGGGGCGAUCAUAUCCAAGACUCAGACCAACCUGGUGGAAGCUUUUAACAAGAUCCUCAACAACAAGAACCUGCUGCCCAGUUAUAAACCAGACCUGAGCUCACCUCUCCCUGCAGAGUGGGGCCUCCCUCUACCUGCACAGGGUUACCGCUGUUUGGAGUGUGGCGAUGCCUUCGCCCUGGAGCAGAGCCUGGUGCGGCACUACGCUCGGCGCUCGCUGAGGAUUGAGGUGACCUGUAAUCACUGCGCCAAGCGGUUAGCCUUCUACAACAAGUGCAGCCUGCUUUUACACGCCAGAGAGCACAAGGAGAGAGGCCUGAUCAUGCAGUGUUCACACCUGGUCAUGAAACCUGUGCCCGUGGAGCAGAUGAUUGCCCAGCAGGAACCCACGGCAACUGCAGUGUCAUCAUCCCUCUUAGGCCAGGCCACCACAAACCCAACACCCCAGCCACAUCAGGCAGCAUCCAAGAAGAAAGUGGAGGCAGCGCAGUACGUCAGUAAUAAAUGUCCUGAGUGUCAGGCUCAGUUUGGCAGCAAAGAAGAGGUGGCUGAACACUUCCAAGAAAUGAAACCAGCACAAACCGCUUCAUGCACAGACUGCUCUCCUCCCAUGCUCCUGCCCAACAGCUGCAGUGCAGCAGCUCAUCAGCGCAUCCAUCAAGGCUGCCCACCACACAUCUGCCCGGAGUGUGGAUGCACGACCAAGCAGCCUCUAUUUCAAUCACACCUUGAUGAGACCUGUUUACACUUCGCUCGGCGCAUUGGAUACAGAUGUUCCAGUUGUCUGGUGGUGUUUGGAGGGCUUAACUCAGUGAAGUCUCACAUCCAGCAGGCUCAUUGUGACAUGUUUCACAAAUGCCCCAGCUGUCCAAUGGCUUUCAAAUCUGCUCCCAGCAUACAGAACCACAUCAGUGCCCAACACCCAACGCUCACUGAAGGACAGACCAUGUCAAUCUAUAAAUGUGUUAUGUGUGACACUGUUUUCACAAACAAGUCCCUGCUGCACGUCCACUUCGACACUCAUUUAACCAAUCAGAAGGUGCAUGUGUUUAAAUGCCCCGAGUGCACCAAGUUGUUUUCUCAGAGGAAUUCCCUCCUGGACCAUUUCAAGACCCAUAAAACGCCCACGUUAAAACAAGAGUUGCCUUCACCUCCAGCUGCGCCCUCUCGAUCACGGCCCUCAGUGAAGCUGGAGAGCUCAGACGGAGAGGAAUGGAUGGAUGACGAUAAAGAAGAAAAAGUGAGGAAAGAAAGAGUGAAGACCCCCUCAGGGUGGAAGUGUGCGCCUUGCCAUGCACGCUUCACAGACCGGGAGGAGUACAUCGCCCAUAUGGCUGAACAACAUAGCAAGAAGCUGAAGAAGUUUCCUUGUAACAAAUGUGAGAGCUCCUUCACCACCACCUCCAGUAUGAGACGUCACAUCAGAGACAAACACAAAGUCAUGAAUCGCUGCUUUCGCUGCAAGUUUUGUACUGAGGGUAAGAAGACAUUCAGCAGCAGAGAGAUGCUGGAGAGACAUGUUCAGCUCAGACACAGCGUGGACCCAGCGGGCCAGGACACACUGAUGGGAGGCGAGGAUGAAGCCGACAGUUCCUCAGAGCAGGACAGCAGUCUGGGGGCUACCCGGAGACGGAGAGGAGCUAUGAAGAUGGAGCGGGACGAAGAGUCCGCAGAUGGAAUGAGUCCAGUGAAGAAGUUGCGGUCCUCCUCCUCCUCUGCUCCUGCCCCCUACUCCCACCCCGAGUCUGGGUUCCGCUGCGCUCCCUGCGGCUUUACCACAGAGGACCAGGCAUUGUUCCUGGAGCAUAUCAGCCAGCACCGGCGAGGAGGGACCGAGGGCGGCAGCGGUCAGCAGUGUCUACAGUGUGGCGCCUGCUUCACUUCCAUCUCCUCCCUGUCACGCCAUCGCUUCAUCAUCCACAAAAAGAAAGAUGCAUCCACUGACAACCAGCAAUCCCUCAGCGGGCUCCCAGCGCCCUCCCCAGGUAACGGCAGGAAUCACGAUGAUAAGAGCUCUCUGGACGGUUCUGCACCUGCAUCGCCCUCUCUGUCCUCUGCAGCUCUGGGGAGGGAAGAGGACGGCACACUGGCCUGCAGGGUGUGCGGCAAACAGUUUGAAAAGGCAACGGAUCUGACGACGCACUUCAGAACUCACGGUAUGGCUUUUAUCAGCGCAAGGCACGCCGGAAAAGCUCCUUAAGAUGAGAAUGAAAUACAAGGGGAAGAGCAGAGUCGGUAGGUGAUGACAGAAUAUUUAAAAGUGCCUUAUUUACCACCGAAGUUCGGGUUUGCACACCUAUGCACUAAUUUAACCAAAGAACAGGCAGAACAGAGUUUCUAUGUAAAUAGAUUGUAAAACAAUCAAAUGUGAUUUUCACCGGUGGAGUUAAAGAUUAACCCUCUACUUUUAAAACUCAGGAUUUAAUGCUGCAUUUCUGUGUUCAGGAAUGAUACUAAUGAGACAGGAGCCACUUCCUGCUCAGUGAGUAGUCUGACUAGUUCAUGUCUGUGACCACGGUCGCAUAAUAAUGUGCCUGUAUAGAACUGUGAUCCUACUGUGAUUGAUUAUGACGGCUAGUUUCAUUGAAUGUUGUUAGACAGCGAUGGAUUGUGUCUGCCUUGAUUUCAAUAUCUUCAUCCUACUGAGGAGAUGUGCUUGAAUGCUAACCCAGGGGCCAGAUGCAGAAAACUGUGUAGAUUCAAGACUAACGUGUGUGUACGCACAAAGGCAGAAACGUUUUCGUAAGAUUUAUAAAGCCGCGUGUGAGCUUGAUUCUGCUCUAUAAAUCUGGGCGCACAUGCACGAGCCUCAUUUCCUCACCCUCUGUUCAACAUCACUGGAUGUAGAAACACCCAUAAUCAUUAAUUUUAAUAUCGAUACAAGUGCCCGCUCCACCACUAGGGGUGGGAAUCACCAGAGGACCCACGAUACAUAUGUCAUGAUAAUUGCAAUUGUAAACAUGUUGCAAUAUGCUGAGUAUUGCGGUUACAUAUAUUGCGAUUUGUUAUCUUUUCUCAACAGUAAAUUAUGUCCCCAUGGGAAAACUUUGUCAACGUCAACAGUUUUAUCUAAGAUAAAGUUUUCAGUCUGUUCAUCUCACUUCAGUCAUUUUUAUCGCAGCAAAAUGUUUCUAAUAAACUGAAAAAGCAACUGAUUUUAUCAUUCUGGUAGGCUACUAAAAGUUUAAUUUGUAUUUGUAAUAUUAAUAAUUUAUGUAAUGAAAAAAAUUGAUGCUUGGUGUCAGUAUGGUGAGGCGAUAUUGCCACACAAAAAUAUCACAAUACUGUGCCGUAUCAAUUUCCCCCGCCCCUAUCCACCACAUAUAACCCUUAUUUUCUCUGCUUCUUGAACCUUGGUGCCAUCUAAAGAACCAGCUGUGUUUCCACUAGUUCUGUGCAGAACCAUUGUAAUCAAGGACGUGUCAUCGACAGAGAACGUUGCAGAACGGACGUUAACAGUAGUAGCAAGAUCACAGAUUACAUUCAUUACCUAUUACAGAUAUUUGUUUUUCCCUCAAAAACAAGCAUUGACCAACUAUUAAUUAUACGACCGCAUGCUUUUUUUUUCCCCGAGACCACUUGGCACUUGACGUCUCCAUCCUCUGUUUCUAACCUGUAGAAUACGACACGCCCACUGACGUCGUAAGUUAGUAAAAUUUAUUCAUAAAGUGCAUUUCGCAGCUAUAGGUCACUUUACAAAAGCAAUAUCCUCCUGAGACCCAAACCUUUGUGGGGCAUCUUUAAUUUCUCCUAUCUAUUUAUGAUCAGUAGGACCCGAUAAGUAUAAAAAAAACUAAAACAUUGUAAACAUAAUAAAGUCCCAAUGUCUUCAAACAAGUACUUCCUAAUUAACAGCAUCUGAGCUUGUUACUGUUGCAAAAAUUGUAAAUACAAACAUUAUUAAUCAUAAAUAAAGUUUCAAACAUAAAAUGUGAUCAGGUUUUGGGCCUUGUCCACUUUUGUGUCAGGAUCGGCUGCAGACUAACUUGGCAGAGAUGGCUGCCAUCUUGUUUUGACAUACUAGAUCAGUGUAUUACUACUAUUAGAUGGCACAAAAAUGUCUGAGUUAGGUAGGAUGAAGUAUAAGAUCAAGUAAACCCAAAAUGUGGAGGAUAAACAACAAGAAAAAAAUUGCAGAGACAACGUGAGCCAUGUAGUUAAAAGUGCACAACUAGCAAAAUUUUGCACACACAAGAAAAAAUACAGCUCUGGUGUGUACAGGUUACCCAAACACAAGUCUAAACAGGUGUGUCUUUAGCUGGCUUUUAAAAGAAACCAGAGUCAGCACACUGUAAGGAAGCAGACAGAGCAUUCCAGAAUUUAGGUACUAGGAGUGGUCGGGAGUGCUAGGGACAGACAACAAAUUCAUUGUAUUGGUUCACAUCAUGGUUUACAUUUCAGAUCAAGGAAAACCUGUUACUCAAAUUAGGUGUGGGAAGCAGAACGGAACCGGUUCAGUGUUGGUGGAAAAAGGGUGUAAUUCGAUCUGUCAGUGACAAAUGCGGUAAAGAAAGUGCAAUAUCACCGAGUGUUCCACUUCAGCGACGUUCUCCAACAGCGCCAGAGCAGCUGCCAUUACGCACAGCUGUGGCUAUUUGUAGCAUCCGUACCAAUGAAUCAUCACAUUUCUGCAAACAAUCAUCGCGGUAACAUGUCAAUCAUCAUUAUUAUUAAAGGUUAGAAGGAUGAUAAUUAAUUUAAGUGCGCAUGUUGAAACUGACUUUACAAAGUGCUUCACAUAAUAACAUAAAACCAUCACUAACUGGGAGAUGAAUUUAAAAUAAACUUCAUAAAUGCGCCUUUGACAUUUUACAGAACGCCGUGUAGCCUGCAGUAACAACACAACCUUAACACAGGUUAUCUUCCUCUCAGCUCAUAUUGAAUCUUGUCCUUAUAUUACCCACAGGUGUCUCAGCUAAAUUCGUGUGCGCGCCUGUCUGAAGAAUGCCUGAGGUGCAGAGGCUCACUGCACGUUUCUUUUAUAAAACCAGUUUAUGUGUGGGAAAAGGUGUACGCAUGGUUUUUGUGUGAACACAUCUUCUAAGCAGUUUAAAAAAACAAAACAAAAAAACAUUUUAAGAUAAUCAUCCCAGUGGUUUAGAAUAUUUCAUUUUCCAUUUUCAAAAACUACAAUAACAUAUUAGAUCGACUCCCAUCUCUAAUACAGCCGCUGGCUUUGAUUCAUUUCAGAGUAUGAAAUCUAAUUUACAGACACCUGCUCAAAACAGGUGGCCCAUCACAUUUCCUCUGCAGUUGUCAGGCAGAGUUUAACUUUGCUGAGCUGACCAGAACUUUGGAAGAUAGCUACGUAAUUUGUCUUACUCUGAAGUUUGGGUAUUUUUGCACAGAAUGAUAAUGUGGAUUUAUGAACAGGAGGAAUAACUACAGUGACCAGUAACUCUUGAAUGCACGUCGGGGUACAUUGCUAUUGUCUCAAGGCAAAAUCACAAUUUAAAAUACUUAAACUACGCUCUGGGGAAACUGUCAGUGUGAUCUGAAGUGUGCACGGUUUGUAGUUAAACUAAAAUUUCCAUAAUAUCUUUUUAACUGGGAUGUACUUUAUUUACAUCAGAUUAACUGAGUUGUUCUUUCUCUGAGCAAGAGAUGAAGUAAAAUUGUACUUUGGCUUUUUGUUUAUGGGAGCAUGUGUCUUGAGAUUACUGUAAACAGAAGAUCAGUAUGACUGCGUCUGUUCCUCAUGCUUUCCUAACAUGAUAAGUUGAACCUUGUAUUGUUAAUUUUCUUCAGUCUUUGGCACUGUUAGAAAAAGAUGUUCUCUAAACUAGAUGGAUAUCAUUAGAUGUUUCAGCAUGACUCUGCGACUGUUGUGUUAUCGAUAGGCAGGUGAAACUGUAAAGUCAGAGCUGUUUAACAAAACUGUUGUUUGAUAUAAAGACGUCUGAGAGGAGAAAUAAGGGAAAGCUCAGUUGAGAUAUGCGAUUCAGAGUGAUGUGAUUUGGUUAAAUAUCUUUGUUUAGUGACACCUUGCUGUUUAGGAUCCACAGACUGAGCUAAUCCCCGUGCUUCUGCAUCAGUGAUUCUUUUUUCUUUUCUUUUAAUGCGCUGUAGUCAGUGACCUGUGUGUGCUUGUGUUUACUUUCUCAGGAGAUUAUCCAAUGCUUUAACACACAUUGUUCUAUUUAACUUUUUCUGUUUUUACAUUGACAAGAAAAUUUAUCACCAAAUGUUUAUUAAAAAAGGAUUAAUAAUAACAAGCACAUUGUCUUGUUUU